UACAAUCUCACCGUUCCCAGUUGGGUUCCUAAAAUAUUUGAUGAAUUGAAAGAUGUUGCAGCUCAUACAUAUUCUUUAGUAUACAAUUCAACUGACAUUCUGCAAUUGAGAGCAGGUCCUGCUCUUGGGCUCAUAAAUAAAGUGUUUGAUGACAAAAUAAACAAUAAUGCUCCAGAACUGAAAUUCCGUACAUAUUCAACACAUGACGUCAACAUUGGCGCUGUGUUGGCUGCUUUAAACAAUCUUGGCAUAGAAAUUAUUAAUUAUUGUUCAACUCUUAUUUUUGAGCUUUACUCCGGAGCAAGGGGCAAUUACUUCAUUCGAAUUCUUUUCUUGAACACUCAAAAUAUCGACAAGUUUAAUCAAACUCCUAGAGUUUUAAUCUUGCCUGGAUGCCAAGAAUAUUGCCCCUAUCAGAAAUAUCUGAAGUUUACAAAUGUUUAUGCAAGCACCGAUUAUGAGAAGGAAUGCGAUAUUGAUUCGAAUGAAGAGAAUGUUAUCACAUCUGAAGUAAGAAAACCAAUUUCUUUUAAUGUCAAUUUCUGAUAACAUUAUUACAGU